AUGUGGACAGCUCCGCGGAAAAGCACAUCAAGUGAGAAGUUGCCAAGCAAACAGGAGAGGGCUAAUGUAUUUGCAAAAUCAUUCAAGGAUCACAAUAAGAUUCAGUCAACCAAGAAAGUCGAGACGGCCGGAAUAUCAGACACCAAAGAUAAAACGAGUAAACCUAAAUCUACGUCCAUCGAGAAGAAAUCUACUGCAGAGAAUGGGUUGCCUGGGAACUUGGUCAAAGUCCCUGUCAAUGGUAAAAGAUUAGCGGCUGCCAAUAUCCAAUGGGGUUCACUCCCUUCAUCUCUUUCGAGGCUAGGACAGGAAGUCUUGAGGCAUAGGGAUGCUGCUCAAGUUGUUGCGAUAGAGGCCAUGCAAGAAGCCUCUGCUUCCGAGAGCUUACUUCAGUGCCUCAUGAUGUACAAUGAUCUUAUGUCAACGGCGAAGGAAGAUGAUCCAUUGCCAGUCGUCGAGCAGUUCUUGAAGCUUCAUUCCGGUUUGAAGAACGUUCAGAUUAUAACCGAGUCAUUGUCCAGAUUACUUUCCUUGACAUCUUCCCCGGAAAAUGAAGAAACCAGAUCUGAGGAAGCAGUAAAAGCGGCAUCGGAAAAGCAGAAAUUGGCAGCCUCGUGGGUCCAAGCAGCUUUAGUUACUAAUUUAUCGGCAUUCUCUGUAUAUUCCAGCAAACCAGCCAAAUCAGCUGCCUCCAGGAGCAAACCCUUGGUCAUACUCGAGAACCCGGGUAAUAACUCCACCGGUAAACCCCGUGGGAAUGUCCCAAACCGGCCAACGGUUGGAUCAAAACUCGUGGCACAGGGCAUGAUCCGUAAAAACAGGGAGAACAGUAGCAGCCAAAAGGCGACCACGGUAGCAGGAUCAGAGUCUCCGCCGCUAAACUGGGUGAAAGGGAGUGGUCUGAACGAGGCAACUGAUCUGGCGGAGAAGCUGCAAACGGUAUCUCAAGAUUGGUUUCUGCGUUUCGUGGAAAGGUUCUUGGACGCAGACGUGUUGGAGACAUCUUCGAAUCUGAAUCUGUCUGAUAACGGGCAGAUCGCGGGGAUGCUGUCGCAGCUGAAGAGUGUGAAUGAUUGGUUAGACGAGAUUGGGUCGAAAGAGGAUGGAGAAGGAUUGCAAGAAGUCUCAAAGGAAACAAUCGAUCGAUUACGGAAGAAGAUAUACGAGUAUCUUCUCACACAUGUGGAGUCCGCAGCUGCAGCACUUGGUGGUGGUGGUGGUGGUGGUGGUGGCUCGGUCUCUUCUCCGAGACUUAAACCAAUCGAAACCAAAGCAAAGAGAUAA